CUUCCCUCCAUUUCUACACGUCUACUACUACACACACUCUACAACACAACCACUUUUAAUCUCUCGCAUACAUUAUAUUCUUGGCCUAGUUUCGACACGACACGACACACACACGCGCCCACCCCCUCCUCACCCACCCUAUUGCCACCGCCGGUCAACUCCUGGACACGUCCGCCCGCCGCAGACGCCCCCUACGCACCCGCCUCCGCCCCGCGCCCCUUGACCACAGCUCAGCCCGCCCGCCAACCCGCCGACCGCCAUCACAAUUCACGACCAGCUCGGCCACUGGAGCCUUGGCGUCACCACGAGCGCACUCCCUGCUUAAGCGACAGCGCACCAACGCGCGCUGGCGUUGCGUCCCCCCAACACGUCCGCCAUGUUCAACGGCCUCAAGGGACACAAGGGGGACAGAGCGUCCAAGGCGGCGUCGCGCCAAAGCGGCUCGCGAACUUCGACCUCGUCCGCAUCGUCAAGCCAGCGACCACCAUCGUCCCAGGCUAGCGAUCUUGCUCACUCGGUUCCCUAUAACCAACUCCCUUCAUCCAAGCCGGUCCCCGUUGUCGCCUCGAGCCCAGCAGCAGGUCUAAGUUACACGCUAUCUGGCCGCCGAGAAGAUGGCGUUCCCACUGCUCGUUUGAUCAGUCCCAGUGCAGCGCUCAUGGAGGAAAUGCGACCCCAAUCGUCCGCUUCUAGUCACGACUCUCACACCAACGGCAGACACGGCACACCCUCCAUCAGAAGCGAGUUUGGAGGAGGCUCCCCUUCACCCCACCCCUACAACAGCAACUACGGCCAAUCGUCGGCAACCUUGGCAACGAGGAGGGGUUCAGAUACGGCAUCGCUGAGAACAGUAGCGUCCUCCUCUGGUUCGGUCUCGCAGCGGCCAAACGACGAGUUAGGCCGAUAUCCAACUCUGACCAGGGCGACACAGAGCUACGUUCCCGUCUCCAUACCCGGCCGUCCAGCACCCCAAAUGCCCAACUACGCGUCGUCAAUCGCCUCGACCUCGGGGCGGGGGCACGAAGAGUUUGCCUUUCCGCGUCCUUCUGACAAUGAGAUCGAGAGGAUGUUCCAGGUGCUCGUCGAGAACCGCGACCUCGACCAGUCAAGCAAUGUCGUCCCCUCCAUCUCGUCGCGACACUCGGGCUUUUCCACCAUGAGUGGGGUGUCCUCUUCGGCAGUGGCUCGGACCACCUCAACCCUAUCUGUCGACACCAAGUUCCAGAUGGUCGAAGCAGACGCAAGGUCACGUUGGGACACGGCACGGAGGCACAAGGCCAAGGAAGAGGAGGCUGUCAAGAUGGGCCGUGGACGGCGCUCGGCCGCCGCUAUCCCGCGUGACAGCCCCGAGUACAUCAUUCGCAAGGUGUUAGACGACAAGUUGACCCAGCAACACCUGACGACGUUGAACGUCUCGCUGCGGACGUUCCCGCUCGACUGGAUCCAAGAGUUCAUGGACCUCAAGGGUCAGGUGGUUCUGGCAAACUAUCUCAAUACGCUGUCGCAUCGGCGGGGCAAAGGUGGUCUGGAGGUCGAAACCGAGCUUGAGCUGCUCAAGUGUUUGAAACGAUCACUCAGCACAAAGAUCGGUGCAAACGAUGCUAUUAAACAACCUCAAGUCAUCUACGCCAUUGCAAACUCUCUACUCUCAGCCCACCCCCCCUGCCGCAAAGUGUCUGCAGAGAUCCUGCUCUUCUUCGCCUUGUGGGAACAGCACUCCGCGGACAGACUGGGCCUGCAGAUCGUCCUGCGCGCAUUCGAACAGCUCGAGGCCAACCACAACGCCCAAGUCGGAGUCACCAACAAGGUCUCGCGAUUCGAGCGCUGGCUCCGACAGACCGAGGAGGUCGUCAGCAGUCGAGGAAGGAUGGGCUCCCAAGUCGGCGCGACGUCGACUGGCGUCGAGUCGAACCAACUACUGGACUACACCAUGACAAUGAUCCACUUUGCGCACGCUCUCACAUCAGCCAACGAUCUUCGCGCCCGUAUCUCUAUCCGCGGCCAGCUCGACCUCGCAAACUUGCAAGGCGUCUUCGCCAAGAUCAAGACUUGGAACGAACAUUCGACCACCAAGCUGAUCCAGCAGUACGAGGAAGAGGAAGAAGCAGAUCGCAGAGAUCUUGCCCAGGAGCAGAACCGACAGACUCUCCAGUCCAUGAAGUCGCCCGAAGACGUCCUCCGCGCGCUCUUCGACAUGACCAAGGGGACAAAGUCAAGCGCAUACCUCCUCAACACGUUCCGGCACCUCCUUCUCAUCAAGGAGGAGGGCGAGGAGCGGGUACGCUACUUCCAGCUCAUCGACCAAUUGAUCCAAAGCAUCGUCAUGAACGACUCCCCCGACUUAAACAAGGACUUCUCAAGAGCCUUUGGUAUCUCGGUGCAGCAGGUCAUGGGCAAGUUUGUCGAGCAGCAGCGUAUGGACGAGGCACUUCAAGAGUUGAAGGGCUUAAAGGCUCGUCUGGCCGCCAGCGAACGCGAAAAGGUCGACCUGUUAGAGGAAAUGGCGACCGGCAGCCACGAUCUCGUAUCGACAUUGAGGGCCGAGAUCACGGACCUCAAGGAGAAGCUCAAGGCCGCUCGAGACUCUCGUGACAACAUCCAGGAUCAGAUGGAAGGCCAGAAGCGGGAUUACGAGCAGCGUAUCGCAGACUUGGAGCUCUACAUCCAAGAGCUGUUCAACAUGCUCCGCGAAACCAACCAUCUGGAGGAAGUCCAGGCCAUGACCAACGGUCCUAUCGAUCGACGAAAGCUCAUCCACGACUUGCGAGAGAAGUGGGAGAGGAAGAAGACGAUCCAACGGCUGGAGGGCCGCAGACGGUUGGGCAAGACGGCCGAGGAUGUCAGCGAGGAUGAAGACGAGGCCGAGGCCGAGGCCGAGGAUGUGGAAGCCGACCAGGCUGCCAAGGGUCCCCGCGUUCGCACCCCGAAGGCCAAGAAGACUACCACCGCCGCAAAGUCACCCUUGGCUGAGCGAAGCCGAGUGUCCGGCUCGCAGUUCCUGGAUGCCGAGGAGGACCAUGUUCGCGCUCACAUUGAGAACUCGUUGGCUCAGGGAGCAGACAAAGUCGUGAGUCCAUUGUUGCACUGGGCAUUGGUUGACCAAACACAGUCGCCUGUUCGCUUCCCUGCUGGGUCAUCGUCGCGAAGCACGAGACACGAGCGGCGCCACGCUCCGAAUGCUCCUCCGAUCCAGGAGAAGUCCAUCUUACGCAGCUCGCCGAGGAGCCCAACAAGCUCUGGCGUCGAGCAGCAGCACAAGUUCUUGGAGGAGCUGCGUUAUCGUGCAAUUGCUCGCAGUUCAUCUGCGCCAGCCAUUGUCAACCUUGGCGAGGACCACGACGCGCUGUCUGACCUCGCCUACAUUAGUGGUGGAGGUGUCGACCCAGCCAGCCGAUCCUUGUCUGCCAGGGAUAGCUUCUCAGCCCAGGUACUCAGCCGAGCCAGGACAAUACGCGCCGGCUCCAACGAGCCGGACGACUACCUUCCUGCUGCUGCUCCUGCCCUUCCUACUCUUGACGAGGAUGACGAGAUCAAGGCCGCCGAGGCUGAAGCUCAGGAGGCAGCUGGAGUAUCUGGUGUGUCUGGUGCGCCUGGCUCUACCGGCGCUAACGGCGUUGCCUCAGCUGCCCCUGGCACUGCCGCCCCACCGCCACCUCCGCCACCACCUCCACCUCCUCCUCCUCCGCCGCCACCUCCGCCACCACCUCCACCUGGACCACCUGGAUUGCCGGCAGGGUUACUGGCUGGCAUUCGAUCGGCAAAGCUCCCUUCAGCGGAAGGAGGUCCUCCCCCACCGCCCCCACCACCACCACCUCCUCCUCCGCCUGGUGCUGGCUUGCCCCAAGGUGCCCCUGCAGGCAUGGCCGGGUUACUUGCGGGUAUCAGAGCGGGUGCCAAGCUCAACAAGGCUGGCACGCCCCCACCGCGCACUCCGGACGCGCCUCCACCACCUCGUGGGCCCUUCGGCAGCGCCGCCGUGUCGCGCGCGCCGAACGCGCCUAUCGGCUCGCUGUUCCACGGUGUCAAUGACUCGCGCAAGAACGUCGCCAUGGUGGCCUCCAAGAAGAUGAAGCAACUUCAGUGGGACAAGGUCUCCAAGGCUCAGCUCCAGCGGACUGUCUGGUCGGAGCCCGAGGCGCCCGUCGCCGAGGAGGAACUUGUCCAGCGCAUGAAGGCUGCCAACCUCUGGUCGGAGAUCGAGGACGAGUUCAAGGCAAGGGAAAUCAUCUACGAUGCCGUCAAGAAGAAGAAGGAGACGGAGCUUCUCAGUGUGCUUGCGCCUGAGCACAGAAAGCGCAUCGAAAUCUUGAUGGCCGGUUCGACGGCCAAGAGCUUCAUGCCGCCCGAGAAGCUCAGCGACGCCAUUGCCAACUUCAACAAGGACCUCUGCUCGGAGACGUUCCUCCACGAGCUGCGCGGUGUGCUUCCGAACGAUGACGACCGAGGCAAGCUCCUCACACACUCGGCCGAUUCUGAGGCAGAGUUGGAACUGCUGCACCCUGCCGAUCGCCUCAUGGUUCGCCUUAUUCAGGUGCCUCACCUCGCCGAUCGUGUCAAGGGUAUGCUGUUCCAGGUGCGGUUCGCCCAGAACGUCGAGCUUCUGCAACAGAGUCUCGACCUCCUUAUUGUCGCUUGUCAGGAUCUGCGCGGCGCCAGGAAGUUCCAGCAGCUCAUGAACGUCAUUCUUACCAUGGGCAACUACCUCAAUGGAACCAACUUUGCCGGUGGCGCCUAUGGAUUCAAGAUUGGUUCGAUCAACAAGCUGGUCGACACGAAAUCGUCGAAUGGACAGAACCUCUUGCACUUCCUGGAGCGAACAGUGUCUACGCACUUCCCAGAGCUCGAAGGCUUCCUCCAGGAGCUUGAGAAGCCGUCUGAUGCCAGCCGAGUCAACUUCUCCGACAUGCAGGCGACAUCCAAGCAGAUGCUGGACGAGAUCCGCAGCAUUCGCCAGUCGCUCGAGUCCAAUUUCGAGACCGACAAGGAUGGCUACACCCGGAAGAUGUUCCGCUUCUCCGCUGCCGCCGAGGACGACAUGCAGACGCUCCGCGAUGGCAUUAUCAACGCGGAGAAGGGCCUGCGCGACGUUGAGACGUACUAUGGCGAAGGAGAAGAGCACGGAAGGCGACUGCAGAGCCAAGAGUUCUUUGGCAUCUUCCGGACCUUUACCUCCUCCUACAAGUUCUGUCGGCAGGCAAACCGUGCCCGCCAGGAGGAGGUCGCUUUGCGCGAGCGUCGUGCCGCUGCCCGAGCGGCCCUCACGCCGCAGCCGACUGGCGCCUCUACUUCUUCGGAGAACAACCUCAUCGAAGCACGGCUGCAACGCCUCAAGCUGGAGGGUACGCCACGCAUCAAGCGCGAGCGUCGCCAGCCAGCUCCUCCUCCCUCUCCCCUGCCUGCCAACACCGACUUCAGCGACUUUAUGCUGCCGAACAUGGGUUCGCAGGAUGUCGACUUUGGCUCCUUAGCCCAGAAGAUGAUGAUGAACAUCUUCGAGAGUCCGGCGCCCAACGGCGCCAAGAGCCCGGAAGGAGCCGACGACAUUUCUUUACCUGUGACUCCGAGCCCCAUGCCCAGCGGCUUCAAGAGCCCCGAGUCGAUCCCAUCCAUCUUGGGCGGCGACUUCAACGACGAGCCGCACGACGGUGCGUCGACCCGUCCCCACAGCGGCACGCCCGACUACUUCCACUUGUCGCCGGAAGAAAGCAGCCCUGCGGAUGGCAGGGACGGCACGUUCAGCGACAUUGCCGACGACUCGCCGUACUCUCCCUCCAAGUCGUCCCACCACGCCGAGGAGACUGACGACGACUUGGAGGCCGACCUCCAAUCCCACCUCGAAGCCAUUUCCGAGCUCUCGGCCGGCUCCGAGUACCACCACGAAGACGACGACGAUGCCGGCGAGCACGACACCACGAUUGUCUUCCAACCCCACCAUGAUGAGCAUUAAUAUGAAGCCACAUGCCCAUACCCUGCAUCUUGUUUAUAGCACCUCUAACCACAUUGCCAGGAACGCCGUAUGCAUGG